AUGCUUCUCACGGAUGACGUCGGCCACAACAACGUCGGCUUUUCCGCUCGGCAUGCUGCCGCCACAAUCCCAGGCACGUACGACUCCUUUGAAGGUACCUGGACCAACUACACUCCCCAUCUCGACACUCUCGCUCGCUCGGGGGUGCUCCUCGAACGCCACUACGCCUACUUCACCUGUACGCCGUCGCGGCAGUCCAUUCUGAGUGGGCGGCUGCCGACGCAGAUGGGCGCGCGAUGGGAGCUCCAGCUGUCAACGCAGGCACUACUGGCGCGCAAAGGCGGUGAAGACGAUCCAGCCUGGUACAAGCUGAUCAGUGGCAUGACGUCUUUCGACAUGCACAUGGGUCCCGAAUACCCAAACGCUUCCUGUCCCAUUGGGAUCGGGGGCAACAGAAGUUCGUGGUUCCCACCGGACUGCCGCCCAUGGAACCCCGCCCCCUUUGGGGGAAGGGGUACGUUGCCAAAGGACUGCUCGGAGGGAACAAAGUUGGGGUGCCUCUUCCGCAUUUCGGACGAUCCGACUGAGCACCGCGACCUGAACGAUCCAGGAGCCGGCGGGGACGUGGAGGCGGCCAUCAGCGUCGGGAUGCGCCGCCGGCUCGACGAGCUCAACAGGGGCUACUUUGAGCCCUGGCGUGGCUGCCACCGCUCCGAGUACUGCAAUGCCACCGUCAACUUCUGGAGCAAGGCGGUCGACUUCCCCUUCUCUGGCCCGUUCAUCGACGUGGCCGAGUGUAAAGAGUGCGCGAGCACCAGCGCCCACCGGCACCGGACUUGGAACGAGUGCCAGUGUGAGGAGACGAUAUGGUCCUGCCUUCGCGACAACUUCAUGGACGGAAAGCUGUGCCGUUGGGUCGACGGUGGCUGCACGCUCUCAAAGGAGGCAGCCCGCUUCACCUACCCGGAGCGCUUGCUCGCGGAGAGGGACAUGCUGCCAGACGCGGAGCACAACUACUUUUACAGGCGCAAGAUCCGGGAGGCCGCGGGGUUUCUCGAUUCUCCUGCGUACCCGUUCUACCAGAGAAUGAUCGGCGAUCAUAAUGCGGCGUGCGGCGGCACGUAA